UGUUCCCGAACGUGUGGGCGUGGCACUCAGACUCGUGACGUCAGCUGUUACGCGUCCGAGCAGUCUAAUACUGUGGUGGAUGUGACACGCUGUCCCGGACAGGAAAAGCCGAUUGGUUUCAAACACUGCUUGCUUGAACCUUGUAAUACCAACGUGGUUGGAAGUAGCUGUCGAAACAAGGUGGACUGUACUCAGUAUGCUGACAACAUCUGUGAGGCGUCGGAAUACCGGUCCUGGGUCAGCAUUAACUGUAUGGAGUUCUGUGGCAUCUGUGCCAAGAACCUCACAGUUUUCCUGUGCAAAGAUAAUAUAACUAACUGUGAUACGUACGAAAGGGGGUUCUGUCAGAAGUACACGGCCUGGGCUGAGUCUAACUGUCAGCGAACGUGCGGCUUCUGUGAAGUAGAUGGCAUUGAUCACAGCGGUUCAACAGAUGUUAGCACCACCACCGAGCCAUGCGUUGACAAAAUUUACUGCGCUGUUUACCAGAGAGAUACAUGUACCAACAAAGCCUACCGAGGGUGGGCAAAGGCACAUUGUCGCCAAUUCUGUGGUUUCUGUGGGACUG